AUGCAUCUCGACCACAAAAUCCCAUGGAAUACCGCUUCCUCCCACUUCGUUCUCGUCAAGUUGAACCCUCACUAUACCCCCCGUCGCACCAACCUCUUCCCCCGGAAUUCAGCCUCCCAAGCCAAUGACUUGAACCACUUCGCACGCGUUCUCGUCAACACAAUCCGGGAGUUUUCCACCACCGAACGGGCAAAGUAUGCUGUAGAUAUGCAUGCGACUCUGGCCGAACAAGAAAAGCUUUUUUCAGACGAGCUACUUACGUACCCAGAGCGCAAAUUUGGCCUUGGACAGCACAGAAAAAACUCUGCACAACAUAAUCCUCUCUCAGCGGAGUACCAGCGCCUCGACUACUGGGUUAACCGGGCGGAGGUGCCUCAUCCGGCACAUUGGCGGGGUUACACGAAUAGAGAUGGGGAUCUGGCGGAUGCAGUAAAGAUGCUGAUAAUAAUCGCAGCGUUAGCAAGUGAGGAUGGGCCGCCUGAUGACGCUAGUAAACUUGAAAGAGAAGCAAUGUCUGCCCUCAUUCGCCUAUCUCAACAUCCGAAAAUCCCACUACCCCACUUAAAUUCGCUGUCGUGGGGCCACAGCUUUGGUGUUGAGCUUCUGGCCGUCUUUGCUCUCAAAGUCUAUUUCCUAAUUAAUAUCGUGGAUGCGGUCUUGGCUCGCCAGCGAUAUACGAAAGCCGGCGGAACAAAGGAUGCAACGGUGUCACUGCUUGAAUUGAACAGCUUCGGUUCCUUUGCACGGAGCGCCCUUCCUGACGACGAUUACGCAGCCCAAAAUAUUCCACAUCGGGCUUUUUGGCAUACACUCGGUGUGAACGAGGCUUGGGCAGCCCGGAACGCCCAUACCGACCGGUUUCUCCAGCACGCAUCUGCCUCUACGCUUACCCAGGACCAGGGUGUAACAGAUCCGCUAGCGCAUCGGGAAGGUGUUACAGCGGAGGUGAGAACAGGACUGAAAGAGUACUUGAAAAUGUGCUUUGGGCUUAUGUAUAGGUAUGAUUUAUUGCUAAGAGUGCGGUAUGGGGAGAAAAAUGCGGACCAGUGGUGGGAAGAGGAGGUUCUUGGAUUAUGGGGGCCGUGA